AUGGGAAAGACUCAGACUACUCCUCUAAGUAUUAUGAUUGAUCACUUUAAGGAUGUGAGGGGAACAGCUUACAACCUCAGUGUGGAAGUCCAAAAGGGUCGGUGGCAGUUUUUUUGUUCUAGCGAGUGGCCAACUUUCAAUGUCGGAUGGCCACCAGAGGGGACCUUCAACCUCCCUACCAUCCACCGAGUCAGGAGUAUCAUCUCUCGGCCUAAGACAGGCCAUCUUGAUCAGCUCCCUUACAUUAUCACUUGGCAGGACCUUGUAGAAGACCCACCCUCUUGGCUUAAGCCCUUCCUAGCCCCGCUCCCUCCAGAGCCAAAACCCAUUCUUGCUUUGCAGGGGACAAAGAAGAAGAAAAGUCUUACCCAGCCUUCAGCACCCCUCUACCCUGUCCUACAGGGGGGUACUGAAGAAGAAUUAAUUUUUCCUCCCCCGUAUAACCCCUCUAGGAUGCCGGAAGAACACCAUCCUCCCCCUCCGGGGGAGGCAGACGCUGUUCCGAGAGCGGGAGGCGGAAAUGCUCCAGUGGGAAGCCUGCCCUUUACCAGACAAAGGGCUCAGAGGGAGCAAUCCACCUCCGCCGCCGACUCCACUAUUCUGCCCCUGCGAGCCACUGGACCCCCAGACACGGAGGGGAAUCAGCCCCAUCACUAUUGGCCUUUCGCCACUAGUGACCUCUACAAUUGGAAAGCUCAGAAUCCUAAGUUUUCCGAGAAACCAGCAGGGCUUAUUGAUUUAUUAGACUCUGUUCUUUUUACCCAUCAGCCGUGGGAUGAUUGCCAGCAGCUUUUGCAGGUCCUGUUCACAACUGAAGAAAGAGAAAGAAUCCUCAAUGAGGCCCGAAAACUAGUUCCGGGCGCAGACGGGAAUCCCACCACCAACCAGGCUCGGAUAGAUGCCUCCUCCCCCUUAACUCGGCCCCAGUGGGAUUUCAACACGGCAGAAGGUAAGGAGAGGCUCCGGGUCUACCGCCAGACUCUAAUGGGAGGUCUCCGAAUGGCUGCUAGAAAGCCAACCAAUUUGGCCAAGGUAGGAAAUGUGCAACAGGGAAAAGAUGAAUCUCCAGCUGCCUUUUUAGAACGGAUCAUGGAGGCAUUCCGUACCUAUACCCCCAGGGAUCCAGAGGCUCCAGAAAGCAAGGCAGCUGUUAUCAUGGCCUUUGUAAACCAAUCGGCCAUAGACAUUAGGAGAAAAUUACAGAAAAUAGAUAGACUAGGAGAAAAAAGUCUGCAGGACUUACUGGUGGUAGCCGAAAAGGUAUAUAAUAACUGGGAGCCUCCUGAGGACAAGCAGGCUCGCGCCAUGGUGGCUGCCAGCAGUAAGCAGACUCGAGACCUGGCCAGAAUACUACUAGCUACCACUGCUGACUUCCCCGAGGAACGAGACCACCGUCUCCGGCAGCUGGCAGACGAUGCAAGAAAAGGUAAAAGAACCACCAAGCGGGGGAAGCAGAGGCUGCAGAAGGAUCAGUGCGCAUACUGCAAGGAGAUAGGGCACUGGGCCCGAGAUUGUCCAAAAAGGGCCGGUGGGAAGGGAAGCAAGACUGAUCAAGUAAAAGUCCUAGAGCUAGAUGAACUGAGUGAUUAGGGGAGUCGGGGUUCGGACCCUCUCCCCGAACCCAGGGUAACUCUUAAAGUGGAGGGGACCCCUGUUGACUUCCUUGUCGACACCGGAGCACAACAUUCGGUUCUCCGCACCCCACAAGGAAAACUAGCCAGCAAGAAGUCCUGGGUACAAGGGGCAACGGGUAUGAGCCAGUAUUCAUGGACUACCCGAAGAAUGGUAGAUUUGGGAACGGGCUGGGUAUCCCACUCCUUUAUGGUAAUACCAGAAUGCCCCUACCCGCUGUUAGGACGGGACUUACUGACCAAGAUUGGAGCUCAGAUAACUUUCAGACAAGGGGGGGCCUUAGGUCACCAAUUGCAAGGGCCACCCCAUCCAGGUCCUGACCAUGAAACUGGAGGAUGAAUACCUCCUCCACCAGGAGGCGCUCCCGAGAGAGAAUAAUAUAGACAGAUGGC